GUGCAUAGUAUGACCCGAGCAAUUGGUUAAGUACUGCGGGCCACACAGAGUAUCGGACAUUGAGGUGAGUGCACGCGUCUGCACGGCCAACAACUCGUGGACACAAGCGUUUCGUACGCGUCGUCACGGCUGGCGGCAUGGAAGGCGAAUUGCGAUAAGUUGCUGCAAAGGCACAGUUAGCAUCAAGCCCGAUCGGAGACACUCAGAGUCCGAUAUAACGCGGAGACCCUGGUUCGCCUUGCCAGCGCGAUCCAAAAGGGGAUUCUAUGGUGAAUUCUGCCUCUGCUGAGGCAUACGCGACGCUUCGGGCGGGCUCGCGCCCGCCUUCGCGCGCUGUGUUCAGGUCUCGUCGAGUCAGAAAGAACGCAUGCACAACGUGGUUGGAAGCUUUCCAUCGUUUGUCUUACUUCCGCAGGGUAGAGAGUCGGAAGCGAUUCAAUGCGGGUCUGCAUCGAAAGUCGGUGGAUGACCUGGCUUUCGGCACAGGGCGUCAUGCGAGUCAGGUAGAUAACUGACUGGCUUGUAUGUUCGAAGCCGACGGUUCUUUG